GACUCGAUGGUCGCGGCCCGCCCACCGCGGAGUCCCGGCCGGGCCUGCGGCGCGGACGAUGCCGGCGGCGCCGGGCUGCUGAGGCGGCGCCAGGGCCGCGGGGCUCGCGAGUUGAUAUGGAGGAAGUGCACAAGAGCAGCAGUAACAGUUCAGCGACACCUCCACAAACCACUGUACAAGGUACAACACUACAGGCAACUCACCUCUCUCACGUUGCUCAACAGAUGUCUCUGAGAGGCCCAACUCCACUUACAGUUGUUCAGCUUCCUGGAGAACAAGUACAGGUUCAGGGAGUCAUUCAGACAGCUCAGUCAUCUUCUGUAAUCCAUUCACCCCAGGUGCAGACAAUGCAGGUAACUUCUUUGUCAGAGAGUGAGGAUUCUCAGGACUCAUCAGAUAGCAUAGGCUCUUCACAGAAAGCCCGGGGCAUCCUAGCCCGUCGCCCAUCUUACCGAAAAAUCUUGAAAGACCUGUCUUCUGAAGACACGCGGGAUAGAAAGGGAGAUGAAGAAAGUCCUGGUGUCUCCACUGUUACAUCUAUGUCUGUUCCUGCACCCAUCUAUCAGACCAGCACUGGACAGUACAUUGCUAUUGCCACCAAUGGAGCAUUACAGCUGGCCAGUCCAGGUACAGAUGGUGUACAAGGUCUGCAGACAUUAACAAUGACAAAUGCCAGUGGUCCCCAGCCGGGGACAACAAUACUACAGUAUGCGCAGACGUCAGAUGGUCAGCAGAUACUAGUACCCAGCAACCAGGUGGUAGUGCAGACUGCAUCAGGAGAUAUGCAGACAUACCAGAUCCGCACUACACCAACAACCACAUCCCUCCCUCAGACUGUAGUGAUGACCUCUCCUGUCACCCUGACGUCUCAGACAACCAAAACAGAUGAUCCACAGUUGAAACGAGAGAUAAGGCUGAUGAAGAACAGAGAAGCUGCUCGAGAAUGCCGCAGGAAGAAGAAAGAAUAUGUUAAAUGCUUGGAAAACAGAGUUGCUGUUCUGGAAAAUCAAAACAAAACUCUAAUUGAAGAGCUAAAAACUUUGAAAGAUCUUUACUGCCAUAAGAGUGUAUAAGCAAAGGAGGCAAAACUUUUUAUGGACUGUCUGAAUUUCAGAGGGGAAUUUUUUAUACCGAUUUUUAAAAAACAAAAAAAUAAAUAAAUAAAAAAAAGCUACAUGAAAGGUCAGAAAUUUUAAACUUUUCUAGCAGGCUUUCACAACUUAAAGACUGUAAAGAUUUUAUUUACAAGAUGGUGACAAAAUACAAAAAAGGAAACAAGAAACCUAACCUAAAUUCUUGCUGGUGCAACUGGAAAUAUCAUUACAUUCAAGAUUAUAUCUACAAUAAAACGACAUGCACAUUUUUACCUGACAAGUGACUUGAGUUUCCUGAACUAAAAAAAAAUCAAUUUUGUAACAGCAGCAAUAUUUUAUUACAAUUCAAAUGUGGGUAAAUGGAAUCCUUCCCAUUAGCUUACCAAGAUUAGCAACAUAUAUAACCAGUAUGUUUUAAUUUCUUAUUGUUUUCUGAUCCUUAUCUUUUAUUUCAGUUAUUUGUAUGUAAAUAUUUUUUAUUUCAACCUGUAACUUCUAACUUACAGGUGUAGAAGAUAAAAAGAAACUAAUACUUUGAUAAAAAUAUAAGUUAUAUUUACUUGUCUCAGCUGGCAGUUUGUUUAAAGGGCUUAGGGUUUAAAGGGCUUUAGGGGUUUUUGUUUUAUGAAAUGUUUGCUGUGUUUCUCAAACGGAGGUUUCACAGAAAGCAAUGCAAAUUAUUUUUCAGGCCUAAUCCUGGAAGAUGUCCAAGGCACAUGAGUAUUAAGGUGUUGGCAACUUAAGUGUAUUAAACACAUCCAAUUACUUUAAACCUAGUUUUUGGUAGAAUGGGUACAGCUGAGCCAGAGCUGUUGAAAAAUGCUUUUUAAAUAGUUGUGUUCUUGAUUACUGUGUGAGAUAAGCUUCUAUAAUUGAAAAAUAAAUUGUGUGCUGAUUUAUAUGUACAACUGAACAUGCAUUGCUUAUUCUGCUUGGAAAUCCUACUGUGUUUAGUUGUAAAGUUUACACACCAAAAAAGGAACAGUAAAAAAAAAAAAGAGCUAACGAUACAUACCAAAGGGGUUAAUAAGGUUCUAAUAUAGGGCUUAUAAAUUUUGAAAAAGAGUGCACAAUUACCAAACUUAUUUUGUAAGGUAGGCGAUAUUUUACAAAAAAUGGUAUCUUUGUAACAAAGUAGUCUAUUAAACAGUUAGAUGGUGGGUAUAUUUUAUAGUUAAACUAAAAUCUUUACAAAUUCUGAAAUUGAAUUUAUAUGCCUAUUUUAACAGUUUUUACUGUUUAUACAGCUCCUUUUAGUAAACAAAUAGAAUAUUUUAUGUCUCAGAUUUUCAAUCAUAUAUUUUUAUGGAUAGUACAAAGUAAAUUUAAAUCCUCUGGGGUGGGAAAUAUUUGAAUUACUCUUAUAUGCAUCUCUAGGCAAUUUACAAAAAUAAUAAAUCCUAAAAAAAUCUUAUUGGAAAAAAUAGGUUAAGUUUUUUUGGCAUACUCAAUAAAGCUUUGCAUGUGUUUGAACUUAAUGCAAAAUGCUAUCAGGAAUUUUGGUAUGUAUCAUUUUUAUUGGUUUUUUUUUUUUCAAAUGAACAAUUAAAGGAUAUUUAGCGUGAUCAGGACUCUUGGGUACAAAUAAAACCGUAUAUAGGCAUUGCUUUUGCAUGAAUGGUAAUGCACUAUUUUUUCCAUAGUUUUGACUGCAUUCUGGUUCCAGUUAUAUGUAUUGGAAUUGCACAACAGACUGUGUUACUACUAAGAGGCAGUGCUGUGUUUGACUGCGUUGUUCUAGCCCAAACAAGUGGAAUUAAAGAUUAAUUUACUUCCUA